AUGGCAAAUGGUCGCAUCAACCGAGGCAGCCCUCAAAUGGAUCCGAGAGUGAAACGGAUAAGCAACACGUUACCGAGUAGAUCCGGCCGUCGUCUCACGCUUCAUCUGCCUGUAGAAUCGCCGACUCGCCGCAGUUCUUACGAAAGCGAAUGGUCCCAAGAACCACACGGCAUUUUUCGUCGACGCGAAUCGUUUCCGGCCGAGUCACGUACUGUGUCGCAGUGCACCCUCUUAGGUGACCGACACAACUCUGUUGCUUUGGACGGCUCACGGCGCGAGUCGCGUGAUUUCCAGGAUUUCGUACGCGACGUGCGACGACAUUCACGCAGCUCAUUUAAUCGUGAAUGUUAUUUGAACAACUCGAUGCGACGAGAGUUGGAAACACGUUGGCUUGACGACUACAUUCGUGACUACUACGCGGUCAUUGAACAACGACAAAAAUGGCACGACAUGCUUUACGACCUACAAAACCGGCGGCUCCUGCACGAGAUGCUGCUCCUUCCCACUAUGGAAGAUGAACUGUCUUCUCGACGAGGACUGGGUGCGCCCAGCGAACCACGGGUCUUUCAUGGCAUGGAAACUUUGUUUGAGAAACAUGAGUACAGCCGAGCUGGUAGACAUCUGCGAAAACCUUUCCUUCGUCGCACCGCCUUGUCACAUGACGCAGUUUUUUUGCCGCGAAGUGUGGAGAAACAGGACGAUAGGUCAAUGUUCCUUCGGCGGAAGUUUUUAUCAACAGGCGCUGUAUCAAGCCGUGACAGCACGAAUUCGACGGAGUCCAGCGCACCGGAAGCGAUCUUUGGUAGUAGUGUGGACAGCGCGGGCAGUGAUCUCGGUUAG